CAGUUCGUUUCAAUCACGCGUGUUGUACGGAUGUUGCGACCCCUCACGGCAACUUUUUUUUUUCCUAUGAACAAAGUUUUCUUUAAUGUUCUGCUAUAAGAUGUCUGUGCAAGCAGAAAACAAUCGAGUGAUACGCAGCGGCAGUUACCAGGAAGAAGAGUGAUUCACAACCAAGUCUUCCAGCAAAGUGUUAUAUAAGAUUAAAGUGGCCAACUUAUGCAAUUCAACCCAUCGUCCACAAGGAUAAAAUCAUAUAUUUAAAAAUACAGGCAAAUGUAUAUGACUAGUAGAAAUGUGAACCCCAAUUAUGUUUCCCAGUUUCCAUUGAUAUAAUCAAUUUAGAGUGGCAUUUAUUUUACUCUAAUCGUGAUGUCCAUACCGGAAAUUAUGCAGUGAUGUGAGCCGGAACGCCCUCCCCUUACGGAUUAAUUGGGGCGAGAUUUCCGUGGCCGGAAGUGGCGACACAGUGUGGUGAUGCCGGCCUUAGUGCAGUGCGUGUAACAAUGCGCCGGGUUUUCAACAUGUUGGUUCUGGUGGAGGUGACGGUGGUUGUGUUGUCCGCGGCGGUCACAGCAACGGAGGACCACUGCCGGACAGUGUGCAGUUGCAUAUGGAAAGGUGGCAAACAAACAGUGGAAUGUAUUAACCGAGGUUUGAUCACAAUACCAGAGAAAGUGCAUCCGGAAACGCAGGUACUGGACAUGUCGGGUAACAACCUCAAUAACCUCCCCAAAGAUAUGUUCGUGCGUGCAAAACUGCUUAAUCUGCAGAGAGUUUACCUCAGCAAUUGCAGAAUUGGCCAGAUUGACGACAAUGCUCUCCAUGGUCUUACAAAUCUUGUGGAGUUGGACCUCUCCCACAAUCUUCUGACCUCUAUCCCUUCCCAGACUUUCCGCGAUGUUCCUUUUUUACGUGACGUAACACUUGCUCAUAAUCCGAUCCAGAAGAUUGAGAGUUACGCAUUUCGUACCCUUCCCAGUCUGGUGAAGCUAGACUUAUCCCACUGUGAGCUACAGACUAUAGCGCCUAAAGCAUUCGAAGGCGUAGACCACUUAGAGUCCUUGAAACUGAACGGCAACCAACUGAGUGAGCUGCGGCCGCGGACAGUGGAAACUCUGAGCGGCCUUCACGGGAUCGAGUUGCACGACAACCCAUGGCAGUGCGACUGCCAUCUUCGGGCGGCCAAACAGUGGCUCAUGAAGAACAAUAUACCCUACCCUGUUACGCCAAUCUGUCAUGGAGGGCCGGAACGCGUUGCUGAUCGUACAUUCGCCGAAUUAGAUGUCGACGAUUUCGCAUGUAAACCGGAGAUUUUGAAGGGUAGCAGAUAUGUUGAAGCCACAACGGGUGAGAACGCUACUGUGGUGUGUCGGGUAAGAGCCAUGCCUCCGGCCGUCAUAAGCUGGUACUGGAAUGGAAGGCUUCUUCUCCAUAACUCUGCCUUCAGCUCCCACCAAAGAGUCUUUAUCUACGAGGAUGGACAUUUCGAAAAGAGUAACACUCUGGUGCUGACUAACGCCCAGGAAACAGAUUCAAGUGAAUUCUACUGUGUGGCAGAGAACCGAGCCGGUAAUGCAGAAGCCAACUUCACCCUCCACGUAUCCAUGCGAACCGCAGGUAUGGCCACUCUUGGCAGUGGGCAAAUCGCAGGACUGAGCGCGGCCCUUGUUAUCCUCAUUCUCUUCAUUCUGCUCGUGAUCCUGGUGCUGCUGGUUCGACUCAGACGGUUGCCAUUUUCUGAAAGCAAGACGCCGGGUCAGAUGGAGACAAGCGCCACGAUUGCAGAAACUGCAAAUAAUGCUAAUUGCAAACCAGCUUCCAUAGGUACCGGAGCGAACUGCGAUACGUCCUUCUCGGAGCAUAAGGUUGUUCCUAAUGACCUGAAAGUUGCGUGCAACCCAGUGCAAAAACCACCACGACUGACGGAACUCGCCUACACAACCAGUCACUACGACGGCAAUGGGAGCGUGAUCAAUACCACUCAGUGUUUCACGGCGCCUUCUUUGGGUCCAACUACUAAUAACCCGGACCUCAUUAAAGACACCAAACGACUGGCCAGCACGGGUGACCUCCCAGCGGCAGGAAUUGUUCUGCUCCCCAAUGGUCACGCACAGCAACCAGAUGCCAGCGGUGUUGCCGAUGAGUCAGGGGUACCCACAGAACUGCGACCCGGCAGCGGAGAAUAUAGCCGUGCCACGGGCUGUGAUUCACUGUAUCCUUCUGGUCUGUGGGAACAAGCCCAGCAGUCCAACCUCGAGCCGUCUCCUGAUCUCUUCAUGAGAAGAACGACAAGCACCUCGGCAGCAGGGUUUGGUUUCGACACUUCAGACAAGACACCCAUCAUCGGAGACGGCGCCAGCCUCGGAGGUGUUUCGACGGAAGACGAGGAGUACAGCUGCAGAACAUUACCGCGAUCGCUUCAUCACCACAACAGCGGAUAUCCCGCGGACUACGGACUGCCCAUCAUACCUUCCGGGAUGGACCAGAAGCUGCGAGAAUUGGGAACCGUACAGCACAGUCCCUCCUCCACGUCACCGACAAGCGCUACCGGCGCCCCGCCCAACGCCAAGACACUUCGGGUGUGGCAGCGGGGGGUGCCCGUCCUGCCCCCCGUUACCGCCCUCAAGCGGGUCCUGUCCAGCAGCAGGAACUCCCCUGACGAAGGCUACCAAGAAGGCUGCGGCACUGACGUAUAAACGUGUGAUGUGGUAUGUUUCAAAGAUGGCCAUGCACUUGGACUGCGCAUUCAAGUUUCAUGUUCCUUAUUUCAGUUUUAGGUACAGUACUUGAGCGUCCCACAAGGUAUACUUAACAAACUUCCUGAGACUUAUCCAUUUAAAUUGAACGUGUCCACAAAUGCAAGGCUCAUAAAUUUUACCUAAUUACGGGCUUGUGUCUAUAUUCUGUUGAUAGAUAUUCAUUCUUACGCAUCCGGCUGCCAUACUUUGAAGUUUUCAGCAGCAAGCGCAAAAAAUGUGUGCUAGUUUCAUGACUACUAAUACAGUGCUCGGACCGGGUCUAUUUCGAAUAUUGCCUGCUUGCCGGCUACUGCCGUCACGUGUAUUUGAUACACUCUCCUGUGUGUUGUAUACGAAGUUCUUGCAGACGGCAGUCUUUAAGGCUAUCAAGUUAGAAAAGAGACACGCUGAGGGUUCAUAAUCUGAAACGUAACCGAUUUUCACGUGAUCUCAAAACUCCAGUAUUCCUGGCAAAGGAAGAAUUUAAAUUUUUAAAUGUAAUAGUAAUGUGAAAAUUAACAUAUCUCUGCAAUGAGAUAUGGCUUUGAAAGCAGACGAGAAAAGUGUGUUCUUUAUAGAAUAUUACGUAUUGUUUGAUAUUAUAUUUAAGACAGUAAAGAAAUUUCACCCAUUCUCUAUAUCAAAAAGCCAUUUAAAUGUCUGACCAGUGGCCCCACAGCAAGUAUUCACCUGUUUCUAUUUAUGAAGACCGAUAAUAUGAAGUAACUUUGGAAGCAAUUUGUAAAUAAUGCACAACUGAGAAGUCAGAAGCAAGAUCUGUUUAGUUUUCUAAACAAAAUGUGACAAGAGAUGAAUACAGUUGUGUAUUUCAAAUUUCAAUGAACGGAAUUUUCUUGUAAUAUCACGUAACGUAAAGAAAUUCUUGUACUUUUGUCAACAGAAGAAUCCAGACAGCGCCGUGAAUUUGAAAAGUAUCUUAUACUAUUAUGAAUUUAAAGAUUGAAGGGUUCAGAUUAAACCAAAAUUAUUAUGACUUACGAUAAUUAAUAUUGCAUAAAACCCGUUCCUUAAGACAGUAAUACAAAUCGCAUAACAUGUAAGUAAUAAACCAAUAAACAUUCAACAGAAGGCGAACCCAUUAUGUGAAACACUAAGAGUUGCAGAAUCCUAAGAUAAUGAGCCAUAAAAUAGGAAUUAAUUUCAUAAAAAAGCAAUAAAAGUUCAUUUAAAAUUUAGGCUAUGAAACUUCAGUUGAGGCAGUUUCUGAAUUAAGCAACUAGGAGUGCCAUUGACCAUUGGAACAGCUGAGAGACAUAAAAGUAUGAAUUUGCAAUAAACAAGAACAGUGAGCGUACAUUGCAUAAACUUAGGAAAAUAAUUUUAAAUAUUACCAGCUUAGUACGUGUAUUAUUGCUUUAAGGACUCUUUCAGCAGCACAGAUUAUACAGCGCCGAAUGGUAGGAUCGUUAAUGAGCAGUGAUUUGGAAUGGAUAUGGAAGAGGCUGUCUUGGCCUAAUUUAAGGCACUAAUCCGGGAUUUUCCCUGACGGACGGAAGAAAACCACGAAAAACCGCAGUUAGAGCGGACGGUUUCGGGGUUGAAACUUGAAUCAGGGACCUUCCGAGCACGAAGAACUGCUAUUCACUCGACUGUGACUUCGAAGCUUAAAGAAUCACUGAUAUAAGCCUAACUGAAUGGAUUUCUAUACAUGAGUCGAUUAAAGAAUAUCAAUUAAUUCGAAGAUAAACGAAUAAUAGAGCCGUGUAUAGUUUAGCAGUAACAGCCAUAGUAGAACUAUUUGUAACCGUUUCAAGCAUAGUCAAGCCCUACAUUUAUCAAUAACAUAAGUGUAGAAUAAACUUGUUUAUCUAUUUUAGCUUAUUUCUUUUUGUUGUGAUGCUGAAGUUAUUUCUAAUGCCAGUUCCUUCAUUUGAAUACAGCAUCACAAGGCUUUUGUCCAUCACAGCAUGGCCACUGCCAGCUUCUCACAAUGGUGUUUGGUGUUACAUUCUCAUUCGUUGUUCCAAUCCAGCGUAAAGAAGCGAGACCGGACUCCACUCGGACUCACCCACUUCCGGAACUCCUAUGGAGCCUUGCACAAAAGUAUUUUCAAGACACGUUCCGAAAGAGUGCGCCAAUUUCACAUUUCGAUGCUGCCUUUAUGUCAUUACAGCGAAAGAAGUGUAUCCCUCUCUCACACACUGUACUGGUAUUAGGGAUGUGAGACGUUUGUUUUAGUGCUUGAAGAGGGUCCCGUGAAACGUUUAUUUCACAGUUCAGUGGCUUUGAUACAUGUGCAGUUCCAACAGUUUGGCGUCAUCUGUAGAAAUACUGCGUCCAGUUCAUGACAAAAAAUGUACACUAAAAUGUUAAAGAGUUAAUCUGAGCUGUAGCAAUUAUAUCUGUAAAUUAUUUCUGAGCCAAACAUUUGUGGGUACACUGAUCCUACAUAUCAAAAAAUAAUACUAAUCAAUAAAAUCGAUAUUAAGAAAUGGUCAAUAUGCUUAAGUCUUCCGUUAGAUGUGGGCUUUUCGACCCAUUGUGAGUCUGGCCAUACCAAAAUAACCAGGAUUAAAACCACAUGAAUCUGAAUAGCGCAGUUCAAUUGCACAACUUGAAGCAACCUUUUAAAAGUGAAUGAACAGUGGGUACGCCUGCUUUUCUCAUAGCAGGUCAUUUUCACAAGCGUCAACUGUUCUCGUUAAAUGGAAACUUCAAUGUAACACAAUACAAUUUUCAGUCGCCUUAUUGGGAAUAUAUUUUCACGGACAACGAAAGGAUUACUUUGAAGCCAAAAUAUUUAAUAAUAGCAUCCAUCUCUUCCAGCGAGUAUAUUUAAUUUUAUAUUUGACGAAGAAUUUAUCCUAGAUAUGGAGCAAGAAAAAUAUUGGCUUUAAAUUACCCUUCCAGAUUGAUUAUAUAAUUCCCAUACACCCCAAAACUGAUAAUUUUUAAGGCCUUAAUGCCAAAACGAUUUGUAAGAGACAGCUGCGUGCACACUGGUGUGAAAUUAGACAAUCACGCGAAGUGAAAGCAAACAAAAUGGACGGCUGUUGGUGUGGCAAUGUGAUGGUCCGUGUAAAUAACAUUCAACUAACUUGAUAGGAUCACUGAAUAAUAAAACUGUGGCGUAUAUGUGAACCUGUGUGUGUAUUUUUUAAGCAUGCGUUUUUGAGGAUGUUACCUGCCCAUGUAAAUGUUGGGAGAGAUUCCAGUUGUGUCCACAGAACCGAGAUCUUACUGUAUCAUAUUAAAAAUCGAAAAACAUGACGCUGGAACUGAUCCACAUAUAAAUAUAUCAUAGCCGCCAUUUUAGUUUUAGCGGCUCAUUGCUCGGGGCAAUGGGUAUCUGUGUUCAUACUUAUUAAAAUCGUCACUUUGCAUAAACACCCUCUUUCCUUGCUCAAAGCAUAGUAGAAAGAAACCUUUUAAUUCCCGUUACGUUCGAAUUAGCCGUUGAUGUACAUUGGUGUUAUAAAGUAAAUUCGAUAUUUGUAAGUAAUGUGGACAGCGUACUGAGUUACAGGACAUAUACGUGAAAGAAUUUUACUUGAAAUUAUUUUUUAUUUUUACGACAGGAAAUGUAGGUCAGCGUAUUGUAUUGUAUACUUUAUUUUACUAAAACUAAUAUGGCGGCACUAUUGAAAUUGAAUAGCCCACAAAGUGAAACAAUACAAAUGAAGCGAUAUUUUUAAUUGUGUAUUGCAAGUUUAACAAUACGUGGAAUGUUAUACUAUUAUAUACCCAUGUAAGAAGGUUUAGUUAAUUAUUUAUUACAUGAUGUAAAGUAAUGUACUGCUUGAAGCAGAAGACUGACUGAAAGGAGAUCAUCAAUUUUUAUGAUAUUAAAACGCCGCUGAUGCUGCACAGGCCUAA